AGACACUGACUUACAAGUCAAAAUUUGACAAAUGACAUUUUUGUAAUUAAAUAUUUUUGGUUCAAAAAAUUUUAACAGCAUAUUUCUAAAGAAAUGUUGACUUCAAUGGUAAAAGAGCAUCAAACUAAACAAGUAGUGAAAAAAGAAUUGCAAGAAGUAAAAAGAAAGGAAGCCUGUGCAGCAGCUAGUGAUUUAACACAAGCUCUCGUAGAUCAUUUGAAUGUUGGGGUGGCUCAAGCUUAUUUAAAUCAGAAAAAAUUAGAUGCGGAAGCAAAACAAUUACACUUAAGUGCAACAAAUUUUUCAAAACAAACACAACAGUGGUUGAACUUAGUUGAACAAUUUAGUGGUGCUCUUAAAGAACUAGGUGAUGUGGAAAAUUGGGCAAAAACAAUAGAAGGUGAUGUGCGUACUAUUACAACAGCUUUAGAAAUAGUAUAUCAAAGCUCACAAGAUAGCAGUAGUUCAAGUUAAAAUGAAAGAAUUAAAUUUAUAUUUUAGUUAUGUUAUAUAAAUAGUUUUCAUGUAUUGCAAUGUAAACAAUAAUAUUUGUCAAAAGCUUAUAGUCAUCUCAACUAUUCCAUGAAUAUUACAUAUUAUGUACAAAGUUAUAGACUAUAGCUAAAAUGAGAACCAUAUUUGUGCAAACACCUUAUAUUUAAUAAAUAACAUCAUUAUUUUUUUUUGUUAAAAAGCAUUUAUAAAAUCUUUUGAAUCAGUAUUAGUGUUUCAUACUUCAUGGAAUUGAAAAUAAAUAACUGGUUUUAUGAGUUAUACAAUUAUUUUAUUAACUAACAUGUAAAGGUAGAUUUUCAAGAGUGGGUGUGAAUAGAGAUAGAUUUAAUGCUUUGCAGAGAAGUGAAGGCUUUAGUGUAUAUCUAUUCGAGAAAUAGUAUUAUAUUUCUAAAAUUGCCUCUCUAUGUUCUCUUAUGUUCAAUAUGGGGCAAUUACAAUGUUAAGUGAAUAAAAGUCACUUUAUUUUGUUUUAUUUGAUUUUCUAUUUGACCAACAAGGUCAUUAGAGAUGAGAUAGUAAAUAUUUCUUAAUACAAUAAUAAUACAUAUUAUUUAACAGAAUAAUGAAGAGAAAGGACAAGGAAAUAAGCUUUUCAGAACAACACUCAUAUUUAGAAAUACAUAUGUGUUUGUCAUAUCUUGUGUAACAUAUUUGCGUUUUUUGAUUUUUCAGAAAACCAAUACAUAUUUUAGUACCUUUUGACACACUUCACUCUUUGUUUCUUCAGCUGAGAUGGUAUGGGUGUUCUAGAUGUUUGUGUCCAACCUUUUUUUCAGCUGUUCGAAGUCAUCAGUUUCUUCAAGACGUAUCGUCUGGAGUACAUUUAAGGCAUCUUCUCACAGCACAAUAGUCAAGUUCACUGCCUUUUCUCUAUUGAAACAAUUAUUCACUCUAGUGGCUGCCUCAAACGGUUUAACGUAAUUGGUCCAAAAUGUCUUGCUGUCAAACGUUGGAGCCUUGAUUCAUGUAAAAUUGUCGUUGUCUUAAGUAAUGUUUCUGUAUUGCAGGAUUUCAUUUGUUCCAUCUUCUAUCGGUCUAUUAUAAUCUCUUCUGUUCUCGACUUCGCAAUCUUUCUUUCUAACUCCUCGAUGUUAUUGUCAAUCAUUGUCUUUUUAUUUUCCAUUUGAUUGUAUCUUCUCAUUCAUUGUUGUCAUCUUAUUCUCUAUACCAGUUUGUAUCUUCUCAUUUAUCGUGGUCAUCUUAUUCUAGAUAUCCAAUUUUAGGAAUGACAUCUUAUUUUCCCUGUAAACGGCUAUGUCAGUUUUCAAUGACAAAAUAUCCGCAGAAAUAACAUUCCUAAGAUUCGACAUACCGUCUUUCCCGGUAGAAAUCUUCUCAUAUUGGCCGAAAUAUCAUUCUUCAUAAUUAAAUAUUGUUCUUCACGUUCGAAAUUGACAAGAUCAAUGAGGAAGCCUCGUCUUUGAAUAAAAAUGUUUUUGGAUCAAAGCCUUCAUAUAUCAGUGCCACUUUGAGUAUUAAUACUAAUUCACUCUUCUCACCGAGCGUUUCCAUCUCGCGAUUCUCCAUUUCGUCUUUCAGUUUCGUAACUUUCAGGUCACCAAGACUCUUAGCCGUGUUUGUUCUGACACUUUAAUGUUUUAAUUAUUUAUACACUAUUUCUAUCGGUGGGAUUAAUUUAUAAACACUGUCUUUUAAACACUUUACUUAACUAACUCAUAUGUUGAUUAACUUAUUACUUAUACUCAACUAACUUACAUAGUUUUUAAAUUCUCCACUUACUUUUCGAUUUGGUUCCGUUCAUUACAAUAAUUCAUUAUAAACUAAUUGCGCUAAACAAACUCGUUUAUAUAUCCAAAACAAAAUUCUAGAAAAUAAACAAA